UGCAUCAUCAUUUCUCAUUGGCUCUAACUGUGUGCGCCGCGAUCUGUUCAGAAUCCUCAUACCCAUCCGCCCAACGCCGUUUUCCCCCUUCUGGUCCCGUCCAAGUCCUUAAAGAAUGGUGCCAAAACCAAAAGUCCUCUUGAUGCUGCGGACGUAGUACUCGAGCCAAUUCUGCUUGGUAGGCUCCUCUUGGCCGAUGGGCACGCCGGUCCACUCGACGCGCAUGACCGUGACAUGGUCAACGUCGUUCUGAUCAAACUCAAUGCUGAGCUUAGAGUAAUGGCCAGCGGGCCACUGGUCGAGACGCCAGCUCUGGACAAUCUUCUUGGGCUCCUCCAACUCCAUGUAUUCGCCAGACACGUUGCCACCAAACAACUCAAACCUGCCGCCCUUCUUGGCGCCCUCAAAAACCUUGGGAGGGGCGCGGGUGAAUGCAGCUAUCCGCUGGGGAUCGGUGAAGGUCUUGUAAAGCUCCUCGGCUGUGGUACGGAACUCCUCGUUAUCGGUCACGGUCGUGGUGUUUACGACGCUUCCGGCAUUGGACUGGGUGGUUGUGGUAGUAGCCUUGGUGGCUUGGGCGCCGGUCGGGGGGUGGUACUUGGGGGUCGUGAAGCCGCUGGAUGGGUUCGACCCAGCAGGGUGCUGCAAGUCCUUGCCGUGCUCAGCGAUGAGGGCGGGAGCCAGCUUGACGAAUUCGCUGCGAAGCUGAGGCACGAUCUUGGACUUGACCAGAUCUCUGACAGCCUGCUUCUCCUUGGACUCGGAGUGGACGUCGAUGUCAAACUACAAGGGCGACACUUAGUCGACUUUUACAACACGUUGUGGCCGGGAAGAGUGCAACCUACCACAAAUUCAUCCUCAUCAAGCUCGUGCGACACCUCGGGCACCGUGAUGGUCCCCGAAACCUCGUCGCCAUCGGCAGUGGAGCCUGCAGGACAGAGUUUUAGCCUACGAACACGACAUGGGCAGGAGUCACAGGACGGAAUGAUUGGCAAUGGGUUCUCAGGAAAAAGUGAUAUUAUUCUAUGGAAAUACGUACCUGUGAACUCCAACGUUAACUUGACAUCAAAAAUGGUGAUAACCUUGCCCUUGCGCUGCGCAACAUCGCAGUCGCCGUCCAUGCUGACGACCUUGCUAAUCUUGGCCGAUACAUCGCCCUCCUUGGCCUCGAUCUUGGUCAGGUUGUCAUCAAACCAUUUCUUGGACCACACCGACACGUCCUUGUUGACCCAGUGCCAGUUGUUGGGGUUGUGGAGGACCAUUUUCGCGGUAAAUUAAAAAAAAAAAAAAAAAGGGAGUUAUUGAAUGGAAGUAUGGAAUGGAACGGGAACUAAAAAAAAUAAAAUCAGAUCUGUGUUCUCCAGUCAGCAAUUGGCUCGGUACGAGAGAAGAAUCGCGCAAAGGAAGAAAAGAGAGGUGGUGCUAGGUCAGAGAUGGUCCUGGUAGACCGCAGCUUCGUCAUCAAGGGAAGGGAGUACAAGUCGCCCUAUGACUGGUGCCAGCUGAACAAUCAUCAUGCAAGCAAGCGAUUGGGAGGUUGGUCGAGGGAAGAAGGGCGCGUCCUACCUUUGAAAGGUCGUGAUGGUCUUCAGAAGUUGUUUGUUGAUGUUUGAAGAGAAGGGGAAGGCUUUAAGAAGUGGGCGAGCGCCCAUUGAAGAAAAUGGAGAAGGGUCAGAAAGAGCAAUUUGGAAAGCUCUAGAAAACUUAACAGGCUCCAGUUGGGCGGGGAGCAGAGGCAGAACACUGACCGCCUUUAGUGGGGUAGCUCUCAGUAUGGGGCUGGAGCUCGGUUUCUGCCGCCUGAUCGAGAUCUGACAUGCCGCAUCAAACACCACCAAAAUCAGAUCGACAGGGACAACCAGGAGCUUGAUCUUUUUGCUAUUGAUGAAUCAGAUUUACAAUGACCAAUUGAUCCUGCUGAACAGCCUUUCAGCCUUUCUUCUUGGACAUCAAAAUAUGUGUCACCUGGCAACUCGAUAUUCCAGCUAGCCAUGAUGAUCACACUGGACGCGAUUCACAAACACAGCACAGCAGCUCAACGCGUCCGCGUAACCUCCGGCCCGGUAUCACGGAUUUCCUGCCAUGUUUUGAUGUUGAUUGCCAUGGCCAAAUUGGUUUGCCAGAGAGAACAUUUCGACCCUCAUGACACAGCAGCUGUUGACACCCGACCGGAGCUUUCGACCGGCACACAUUGCUCAACUCAUGGUGGUUGGGAAUCAGAUGUUUGUGACCUUGAGGCACAUAUCUGGUCUUCCCGAGACCGCGCACACACCGAGUAAUCAUCCGUAACCACCGCUAUCAUCACCAUUGCAUUCCGUAUGUAUCAUUGAGGUACCGGCAGGUUUGCAGACACGGGAAGUCUUGACCCGAAUGCCCCGCGACGGCGCGAACCCGGCGCACCAAACUCGGACUUGAACACAGUCCGGAUCUCUGUCUUCCCGGGCUAGGGUGCCGCAUACCAACAUCAUCAACAUUCUCAUGACGCCCUUCAACCUCGAAUCCACAUGGAAAACAUUUCACCUCAGCCGAAUCAUAUGGCGGAGAAUCAGCAAGGGGGUUAAGCGCCGGCAGCACGCAUCACCGACCAUUUCACAGCGUCGAGCGAAUCAUCGCGGGGAAUCUGAAUUUUGCCCACAACCAAAGGCAACCAAGAAUAGAUUACCGGCAGACUACGACAGACGUGCCCAAUCACCGUCGCACCUGUCUCGCAGUCAACAGACCCCUCCUUUCGCCCUUCUCGCUCUCGGCCAUCCCAUCGCCACCAUGGUCCAGUUCACGCCUGUCAAUCCGGAAGCCAAGAGAUCAAAGAUGGCACAGGUUAAUGCCAGGCCGUAGCUUGACCCGUUCCUGAUAGUAGCAAAUCGACGGUUCUCUGUAACCCCCCCGCUACCGCAGGAACCAUCACCAGUUCUGAGGAGAGGGAGCAGAGCAGUCACCUGUAGGUGAAGCCGUGCGAGGAUCCAGGAGGUGCCUCCUGCACGUCUGGUCUGUGUCUUGCAGGUCCAGGCACAGGGCAAUCCGGGUUUGAACCCCGUCGAGGAACCCCCUCCCUCUCUGCCAUCCUGCCUGGGAAACAAGCAGAUCGAGACCAGUUGAAAGGACUGCUGCAGAAUACAGACGGGACAUGAUAUUGUCCCAGCGGGUGCCUGCCUGGAUGCUUACGUUUAGCACGCUCCAGGGUCACCAGCUGGCUGUACGCAAUAUAUUGCAAUUCUCGGAGUGAAGCCCCUUUGGAGAAGGCCCGUCUGGGAGAAGAGUUAAAGCGGGUGGCCGGCUCCCGCUCUUCUUCCAUGCAGGAGGUUUGACUGUUAAUAUACGUACCGUAGUACCACUCCGGGGCUAGCACCGUGGUCCAUAACAGCAGCAGCAGAAGUGGGAACACCACCAGCGGGCAGCAUGCAGGGGUCUUGAUAGGUUGGGCAUGUUGGGGCAUAGUCUGGUCUUGAGGAAUCCCUCUUUUAUCUCCUGCAACGCUCCCAACCCGCGCCGCGGAACCACACCACGUUCCAUUUGCUGCUUGUUCAGCGCAGUUGCACCGUCCCUUCUUUCAGCCGCGCAUUUUCUGAUCACGACAACCUCAACUGCGACUGUGGGAAUUCGAGGGCGGGCGUGAAGCAUCACGAUACGGAUAACUCUCAGCAACACCUAUUUGAGCUCUGACCAUGAUCGUGUAAUCAACAGCCCCGCGAAUCGACAAACAACCCACUUGUGUAUGGCGAGGUGGCCAGCACCACAAAACCGCUGCGUGGUGUUGGGCUGUGAGUGUCUAGGAAAGAUCACACUGGGUGUCUGCUGGAGAUAGGGGCCCUCAAGAGACCCGAGGGACUGACUAUUCGUGGCUCACAUUGGGGUCCGUCUGAGGUUCAGUCCUCACGAGAGAUCAGCUACAGCCGAGGGACUUCCAGGACGACAUCGAGAUGCAACCUAUGAUGAGCUCUUCACGGGAUCCGACCGCGCGCCUUCGUGCUGGACUGAAUCCGCUCCUCACAGCAUCGUUGGGUGUAUACCACCCUCAGCACAACAAUGGCACACCUCAUUCGGCGCUGUCAGUCAGCUCUCAUGGCGCCUUUUCAUCCAACCAAACUCCAUUGAGCGCCAUCCAGCCAUACAAUCCGCAGCAAUGGAUCACUUCACCGACUGCGGGACCUGGCCAGGAACCGAUUCAGACGGCUGCCAUCCAGGAGCCUCAAGGAUCACCGCUGCCACCGCCGCCAUAUUCACCCCCCCGCAGUGCCAGACCGAUGAGCAUGAACUUCGAUCAGGGUCCAGCUGCCAAUAUCUCAGUUGCUCGAGCACCACAUCCCCCUUUGCAGAGAGCGGCUACCGAAUCUCCAGUGGCCAACACAUCGUUUCCGCCUCCGCCUGGAACGAGGGGCCCUUCCCGAGAAAGGCGAUUCGGCCUCCCCUCGCUGUCAAGACGUCGUGAGCCCGAGCCAGCCAUAGCACCACUUGAUCCAAGUCCGCAACAAUCAUCCCGCUCGCUCAGCGGGCUGUUGUCUCGUCCGGCCGGUGGUCACCCAGGGCCUUUGACGCUGCAGAUACCCCACCAAGUGCCACAACGAACAGAUUCCGACUCCUCCCAGAACAUGGCCCCGGGCGCUCGACGAGCUGUCUCGACACCCGCGGUGGCUACUCCCACAUCAGCUAGAUCACGCUCUUCGUCUCAGAUUCGAUGGGACCCAUCGAUGCCAGUCCCCCCACCACCACCUGGGCCGCCACCCUCGUCAAGCAGAUCUCAGAGCAUGCAGCGGCUACAAUCUGGAAGUGACCCUAUUGUCUCACCGCCGACCCGCCGACCACCACCAACCGGAGUGGCUGCUCUGGGUCCUGUGCCCUUGACGCCAGCCAACUGGAGAGAGGGCGACAACCUCCCUGGGCCACCAGGGCAACAUCAGCAGCAGCAACAACAACAACAUGCUGACUCACCAGCCACGGUCGGCGUUCAGCUUUCAGAGACGUCCAGUGUUGCAAGCUCAGGAGCUGGAGCGCAAACCGAAUCUGCUACAUCUUCGGCGCCCAGUUCAGCAGGUGGGCUUGUCCGAAGGAGUCCUGUGGUCAGGGGAGACAAGACGCUGCUAGAGCGGCGGAGCGAAAGCCGGACCAGGCUAGCUACACGAGGGUCUGUGGACACAACAAACUCGCCUCAUGGCCUGUCUGAUAUUGUGAUUCCUGGUUCGUCCUCCGGUGGGCUGCAACGGCGCCUGACAAUCGGAAGAGGCACGCCAAGGACCGGAAGGACGAGCGAGACGCCAAAAACCGGUGAAUCGAUUGACACGCCAGAAUCUAGGACCCCCCGAGCUUCCGGUUCUCAAGGUGUGUCUGGCCAGGUGACACCAACAAGAGUCUCGCCCAGUUCCCACAAACAUCCUGAAAGACAUGCGGUUCCAAGGGCGUUGCCAACCCCGCCCACCGGCAGCAGGUCGUCCUCGACACACCGGGGCAUGGGGCCGGACAUGCCGAUGUCGGCUCCUCUUUCGCCAUCACACAAUUUUCCCGUGUCCAAGCAUAUGGUGAUCACACAGAGCAGCGAGCAAUUUGCUCGUGGUACUGUCGACCGCUUUGCAGCCUUCGCCGACCGAGAAGCAUCUGCCGCCAACGAUGCCGAGCGAGUUCGAUUGUUUGCCGAGUUCUUUGUCAACGAGUCGAGGAUACGGAGGGAACGAUACGGCGCUGCCAUUGGGGCGAUGGGUUCUGAGGUGCUGGACUUGACCCGUGAUCUGUUUAGGCCGAUGCCAGUCCGGAGAGAGUCGAUCAAUUCGGCCACCAGCGGGACCGUGGAGUUGACACCACAAUCGUCAGAACCGAGAUCGCAUCGUGGGUCGAUUGGAUCUGCGUUUGAAGGAAACCAUGGGGCUUCGUCAUCAGCGGUUCAAACACCGACGUCUGUGAGUCAGCAGCAGCAGCAGCAGCAGCAGUCACCAUCACCCUCUGGGAACCAAAACUGGCCUUCGAACAACUACAUGCCAUCGUUGUCGCCGAUUCUCAGCAUGAGCGUCAGUGAUGCUGUGGAUGAGCAGGACUCGAGGGGACGGCCGGCUAGCAGGUGGUGGGAGGCCGACUCUACAGGUGCUCCGUCGUCCAGGAUGGAGAGGUCAAAGCGGGAGUCAAAGUAUAUGGGUGUGCCUAAAGAGGCUCGAGAAGCACUGCAAUGGAUCGAUGAGCCGCAGUUGUCGCCUGCUGGUUCAAGCAAGCGGGCCUCCCACGGGUACCCCCUUGAAAAGACAGGAUGGCACGAUACAGACCAAUCCAUGACACCGCAGGCUCUUUCUCGCAACUCGGUUGCUUCAUCUUCGACAGCCCCGAACACACCAAACCCAGAUCACCUCGACGUAUCCCGUCUAGUGACCCUCCCACCUCCUUAUCCGCGACAUCACCCAGCAGUCAACAACAACCACCCCGAGUUGACCGAAAUCCGCACCUCGAUCCGCACCGUCAGCGACCUCACCGAGGUAACCGCCAUCCAAGAAGCCUACAAGCAAUCCUCUUCCCAAAAACGCCUCGCCCUCGACGAAGAGCUAAAAAAAGACCGCGUCACCCUGCGCCAAAACCUCCACCAAGACAUUUCCUCGGGCGCGCUCUCCUAUGCAGACGCAGCCCGCAUCGAAGCCGACGCCACAGCCGCCGAGCACACCAAACUCAAAGACCUCGAAAAGUCGGACUUUGACGAAUUCCAAACCGUCGUCGUAAUGCCCGUGAACGAGAUUCUUCAAAGCAGGAUCAACACCGCCACCGAACUCUUUGACAACCUCCGCUCCCGCCUCUUCGACGAAACCCACAAAUCCAACCCCAACCUCCCCCAGGAAGAAGGCGACGAGCAGCCUGAACUCUUGGAGAAACUAACCCUCCUCAAAUGGAUCUUUGAAGCCCGCGAAACGUUACACCGGGCGUUGUACGACCUCCUCUCCUCCCGCAACGACCACUACCGCGACCUCGUCCUCGUCCCCUACAAACUCGCCCAGCAAGACGAUAAAGUCGCCUCUGCCAAGGCCUUCUUCAUCGAAGACGCGAAUAAACGCCAGCUAGCCUUUGCAGAGGAAGUCCUCCACCGCACGCAAGAGUUCCGCGAUGUAGUCGAGGAAACCGUCGUCAGGGGUGUGGAAGUGCAACUCAACGCCUUUUGGGACAUUGCGCCCGACCUCAAGCGUCUUCUCGACAAGAUCCCGACUGAUAUGGAAGGUUUCCACAUCCAGAUACCAGCGUUGGAGAUGGCCGAGAACCCGAGCUACACCGAGCACCCUUUGCAGUAUCUCUUCAGUUUGUUGCUGCAUGCGGAGAAGAGCACGUAUCAGUUUAUCGAGAGUCAGACGAACUUGCUUUGCUUGCUGCAUGAGGUUAAGGAGGCGGUGGUGGUUGCCAAGGGGAAGGUGAUGGAGGCGGAGGGGAGGGAUGGGGGGAGGGUGGAGGAGAUGAGACGGGAGGAGGCGGGGAGGUUGACGGAUGAUUUGAAGGAUAAGGUUAGGGUUGUGCAGGAUCAGUGGAAUAGUGCGCUGGGGGAGACGGUGGGCGGGGUGAAGGAACGGGUGGGGGGUUGGUUGUUGGAGACGGGGGGGUGGGAUGAGAGUUUUGAGGAGGGGGGUGUCGGUGGUGUUUAG